CAAAUCCAAGCUCAUCUCUUAGUAGUAUAACUCAAAGGUAAACAAUAAAUUUGUCAAAAUAUUGGAACCAAAGUUUACAUUGCGAGUCGAGAUGAAGGAUGAGGACAGUCGGCCGACAUCGGCGACAGCGAAUUUGAAAAAGGAAAGUUCAUGUUCCAGUUUAUUUGGUAAAAGCCGGUACAAGUGCUGGGCAUUAGCGGCCAUUUUGUUGCUUGCAUUAUGGUCUAUGUUCACCGGCACCGUUACUCUACGUUGGUCAGCGGGUAAUCUGAACCGUCUUUCCGGUGAUCUCCAUGGUCCCUUCCACGGUGACAUAGAUGUCCUCGAAAUGGAGGAGAGAGAGAAAAUGGUGAGGCACAUGUGGGAUGCGUACACUAACAGCCGUCGGAUCAAAUUACCGAGGUUUUGGCAAGAGGCGUUUAAGGCUGGUUACGAGGAGUUGACCAGUGAUGUGCCCGGGAUUAGAGAAGACGCAAUCACUGAGAUCGCUAAGAUGUCCAUACGAUCCGUGGAUCUUUACCAUCCUCGCAUCCAAUCAAUGAGUGUAAGAGAACCCAGGAAAAGUCUGAAACAAACCAGCAUGGACAGGUAGACCCACAACUGGAAGUGUGAUCAAUGAAUGAUGUUUAUCAUGAAUGCCGAAUCUGAGGCUUCAAAGUUGAGAUCUUUGUUACACUUUUGUACUCUGGUUUUGGCUGUGUGCUGCCCAAGUUUGUAAGAGGUAACUAAUGAUUGGCAAAACCAUAUAAUUCUUCUCGAACUAUGUAUUUAUUUA